CGGACGGCAGCAGAACCUCAUCUCCAGGGCCUCCAGAAUCUUCAAUGGCCACCCGCUGGGGGAUCUGCUCCGCUGGGAAGAUCAGCCACGAUUUCCUUGUGGCCUUGAAGACUUUGCCACCAGCAGAUCACAAGGCAGUUGCCAUUGCUUCUCGAGACCUCAAGCGCUCCCAGGAAUACGCUCAGCAGCAUGGAAUUUGUAAAGCCUACGGAUCAUAUGAGGAAUUGGCACAGGACCCUGAAGUAGAUGUGAUAUACGUGGGAUCGCUCCACACCCAGCAUCUGGCUCACACCCUCCUCUUUCUCCGGGCAAAGAAGAAUGUUCUGUGUGAAAAACCCAUGGGCAUGAAUGCAGCCGAAGUCCGGGAGAUGAUAAAAGUAGCCAAGGAGAACAAUGUGUUUCUCAUGGAGGGUUUCUGGACAAGAUUCUUUCCUGUAUCGGAGCAGAUCCGCACCAUGCUGGGCCAGAAAUCUCUCGGAGACUUAAAGGUGCUUCAAGCUCAGCUAGGCUUUCAGAUGGAUCACAUCCCAAGGCUGGUGGAUAAGAAGUUGGGCGGAGGUGUCAUUUUGGACUUGGGCUGCUAUGUUAUCCAGUUUGCUUCAAUGGUUUUUGGCCCUGAAAAGCCAAAGUCCAUUGUGGCCUCAGGAUUACUACAUGACACAGGAGUGGAUGAAACAGUUGCCAUCAUCCUCAAUUACUCAGGGAAUCGGCAAGCCGUGCUCAACUGCACCAUGAUGGUCAACCUGCCAGGAGAGGCAAUAAUUGGGGGAACUGAAGGAACUAUUCAGCUCCCCAACCAUAUGAACAGCCCCACAGUGAUGUUUGUGAAAGGAAGCCGGUGGGAAUGGCCCCUUCCAUCCUCCCCCGAGCCACUCUACUUUGAGCAUGACAUUGGGUUGCGAUAUGAAGCCGAACAUGUCCGACAGUGCCUGCUGAAGGAUUUGAAGGAAAGUCCGAUCAUGCCAUUGCACGAAAGUGAAACUGUCACCACAAUCAUGGAUGAAGUAAGAAAACAAGUGGGGGUGAUCUAUGAGCAAGACACUGCACAGAAUAAGCAAAGCAAUGAAACUGCCAAAUAAACUUUUUCACCUUUGGUCAAAUAUUCGAGUGCCUGAAUCAAGGCUGUAACAGUGUCUGGGUAAAGAGUGCCAGAGCUCUGAAGAGUUACUUGUUUGGACUGUAACUCCCAGAAAUCCCUGCCUAUCACAGACAACAGCUAUGCUAGCUAGAAACUCUAGUCUGAACAAAUAGCUGUUCCAAGAAAGAUGAAGAAGCUCUCUUCUGCCUGAAAAGCAGAAUCUUCAUGCAAGCUCAAGCAGCACAAAACCCGCCUUCAACAUGUGUUUUAACUACAGUCUUUUUCAAAAGUACCUAGGUGGCUCAUGGGAAAAAUAGUCUGUUUACAUUAUAUUUCCAGCGAACACAACAACUUGUUAGCUGGAUGACAUCAUUUAAUCCAGGGACAGAAAAUGUGUGGUUGUCCACAUUGGCUACAAAUGGGCGCACUAUCAAUAUGUUAUUCAAAAAGAGCUGAAGGGCAUCAGGUUGCUGCUUAUCCAUCUUUCAAAAGGCUGACAAGCAAAUAUGCUUAUGCAUACUGCUUACACAUUAUAAUGUAUAUGUAUAGAUGCAAAUUUAAAAACUACAGACAUUUAAAUAAACACAAUAUAUCUCACUCAAAGUAGCAAAACUUUGACUAGGAAGGCUAUGUGUCAGUGUGCUGUUUAACAACUGGUAGCUGUUAAA